AUGAAUCGAGGAGCAGAUCCCAAUCCAUUCGACGAGGAAGAGCCCGAAGUCAAUCCAUUUUCGAGUGGUGCAGGAUCAAAAUCUCGCAUACCUAAGGUGGUUGCAAGUACACUAGGUUUCGGUCAGAAACAUGAUGCCACUGUGGAUAUACCACUAGAUGCCAUGAAUGAUUCCAAGAAGAAGGAGAAGGAACUUGCAAACUGGGAAGCUGACUUAAACAGGAGAGAAAGGGAUAUCAAACGAAGAGAAGAUGCUGUCACCAGCGCUGGUGUUCCUGUGGAUGAUAAAAACUGGCCGCCACUUUUCCCCAUUAUUCAUCAUGAUAUAGCUAAUGAAAUACCAGUUCAUGCUCAGAAGUUGCAGUAUCUGGCAUUUGCAAGCUGGUUAGGUAUUGUCCUUUGCCUUGUUUUCAAUGUCAUUGCAAUCACUGUUUGCUGGAUAAGGGGUGGUGGAGUCAGGAUCUUCUUGCUUGCCAUUAUAUAUGCCCUGAUGGGUUGUCCCCUUUCAUAUGUACUGUGGUACAGGCCUUUGUAUCGUGCAAUGAGGACUGAUAGUGCACUGAAGUUUGGCUGGUUUUUCUUGUUUUAUUUGCUACACAUUGGUUUUUGCAUUCUUGCUGCAAUUGCCCCACCAAUCGUCUUCCAUGGAAGAUCAUUAACGGGUAUUCUUGCAGCUAUUGAUGUUUUCUCUGACCAUGUUGUGGUUGGGAUCUUUUACCUGGUUGGAUUCGCGUUAUUUUGCUUAGAGACACUGUUGAGCUUAUGGGUACUUCAGAAAGUAUAUGCAUAUUUCAGGGGAAACAAGUGA